AUGGGUCCCGAGGCCUUAAUGUUCGGCGUCGUCGCGGCUGUUACACUUGGUCUUAUAUGCGCCGACACCAUGACUAAUAAGAAGAAAAAAAUUGAUGCAGAAACUUGCAAGGGGGUGAAGGAACUGAAGGAAAUAGUUCUGGUGCAGAAUGAAAAGAUAAACUGUUUGGGUAAAAUUGUAGUCGCAUUUAUGAACAGGAUUCGCACGGAUAUUGAAGCCGUAAAAUCGAGCAUUUUCAGAAACAUCCUCGACUCGGAAGACAAAGGCCCGCCUAACGAGUCAAUAUCAUUGUCCGAACUGAAUAACAAAGAGCUCCAAUCUCUCCUUAAGUUCCUAUACAGUGGGUAUCUCCCGAAAGAUAUGGUCGAAAAACACUUGUACUCGUUGACAAUGGCUGCAAACGAAUACGAACCCCUCCGAAAGGUAUGUGAGCAUCACCUUCGGGAAUCCUUGAGCAAAUCCAACGCGCUCGAUAUUUUAGAAAUAUCCGACAAAUGUUCAAACAAAUCCUUGAAAGAUACCACAUUGGACUUCAUUGCAACAUAUUUUAAGGACAUCAUUUUUUCCGAGCAAUAUGAUGCUUUCGCGAUCAGGAAUCCUCAUUUGGCCGUGGAGAUUGCAAGGGCUUCCUUUGUCUUCACGUUGGGCGCCGCGGCUGGUGGUGCAGUUUCUGCUUUAUCCGCCGUUAUCAUAAAGAAGAAAAGAUUUGAUGCAGAAAAUUGCAAUAUUAAUAAACCCAUGAGCAAUUUAUCUCCUCCAUCAAAUUCGGACAAGGGUUUUUGGAAAAAGUUUCAACGGGGGAAUGAACUGAAGGAAAUAGUUGAGAUGCAGAAUGAAAAGAUAAAUUAUUUGGGUAGAAUUGUUGUUGCAUUUAUGAAUGGGAUUCACAGUACUGAUAUUGAAGUGAAGCCGGGGAAUAAUGAACCCUCAAUUGAUGCGCAUAAAGCCCUAUUGGCCCUAAAAUCGAGCAUUUUCAGAAACAUCCUUGACUCGGAAGACAAAGCCCCGCCUAACGAGUCAAUAACUUUGUCCGAAUUGACCAACGAAGAGCUCCAAUCUCUCCUUGAGUUCCUAUACAAUGGGAAUCUCCCGAAAGAGACUGUCGAAAAACACUUGUACUUGUUGACAAUGGCUGCAGACAAAUACGAUAUAGCGCCCCUCCAAAAGGUAUGUGAGCAUUACCUUCGAGAAUCUUUGAGCACAUCCAACGCACUCGAUAUUCUAGAAAUAUCCAACAAGUGUUCUAACAAAUUCUUGAAAGAUGCCACAUUGGACUUCAUUGCAACAAACUUUAAGGACAUCAUUUUUAACGAAGGAUACCGUGAUUUCGCAAUUGAUAAUCCUCAUUUGGCCGUGGAGAUUAUAAGGGCUAGGACUGACUUUGACAACAACAAUAAAUCUUCGUCGCAUGUAGGCAUUGCC